UUCGGUGGGCAACUGUCUAAAAACCUUAGCGAUAUGCAUAGACAAAAGCAAGAAAGAUGCCCUCACAGUUCAUGUCAUUCAGCAAGCACCGACUCGCCCAAGAAAAAGUUGUGCGAAGAACGUGAGAGACGUAGAAGAUGCGCGCGCAGUGAAGAAGAAGAAGAAGAAGCUCUCCGCGAUGUCGUCUUCGCGAAACAUUGAGUCCCGACCGGAAGGAAACCAGGGACCAAGCACGUCGACCAGCUUGGAUCGCGAGAAGCGAUCCAAGCACAAGAAGCGCAAAAAGGCGGCCAAGCGCGAAGACGCCAAGCAAGACGCCGACGAAGCACCCAAACCCGUCCAGUCGCCGGCCCCGGUGGCGGACAGCCCAGCGGCAGGCGUCGAGCUUCCCAAGGACACUGAGAAAACUCCGGCGUCGACGGAGCGCCAGCGGCCGCAAGAGGGCGAGCGCUUUUCAUCGGCGGCGACCAGGCGUUCCUCGGCCUUCCGUCGCGUGGUCCGGAGGCUGUCCUUGUCCAUGCCAGUCGAGACGUUGCAAACGCCUGCCUGCGCGAACAAGGACGCGAAGCCAGCCGCCGAACUAGGAGAGACCUCCGAGGCUUGCCUACCGACAAGCGAAAACACCGCCACCGGAACCAGGAGGAAGUCAUCAGUCCGCUUUGGCGCAACAACCCUUCAAGCGAUCACGCCCAACAAUUUCACCAAGAGCUCGUCAUGCGACCGCAGGCUCGGGUGGCGAACGAGUGUGCUCAUCGUCUUCGCCAUCGUGGCGGCCGUGUCGCUUGGCGUUUUCCUCGCUGUUUACGUGCUGCACUCUCGGAAGCACGUAAUAGAGCACUGCUCCAGCGUCGAGUGCAAGUUGGCCGUCGAAGACAUGAUAUCGCUCGUGGACCCUCACGUCAGCCCGUGCGACGACUUCUACCUACACGUGUGCGGCAAAGCGGGCGACAAGACCUUCGGCGGCGCCGACAUGACGGCGCGGGCGCUCGACGACAUGCUCAUAUCUGUUCAGCGGGUUCUGCGUAGCCGCAAGAGCAAGGACCAGGGAAAGCACCCGGGCCUCGCGCAACUGGCGACCACGUUUCACUCUUGCUACGCGUUCACCACUUCGUCCAAGCCUCUCGCCGACGCGCCUCUCGCGGAGGCCAUCGCCGACGAGGCGGACAUCCUGGGAACCCCCGACGCCGCGUCCGUCCUGCGACGCGCUGUCCGGCUGUCGCUUCGAAAAGGGAUCUCCACCCUGUUCACCGCGAGCGUCGUCACUUACCUGGGCGACUUGGCCCUGCACGUGUCGCGCGGGAAAUCGUUCAGCGAGAAGCUGGCCCAGCCGACCGACGGCGCGACGGGGCGCGAGUUCGUGGCGCGGCUUUUCGAUCGCGCGUUCGCAAACACCCCGAACGUUCGGCAGCUCGACGCCAACGACACCGUGCUGCGCCUGCUGAAAUUCGACGAGACUCUCUCGUCGGAAAGCAGCUACGCGAGGGACGAAGAAAUGAGCGGCGAUUCGAAGGACGAGUUCAUGACGCAGUACAUCGGUGGCCGUGACUGGCUACAUUUCGUCAACUCCCUCUUGCCGGAAAACUCGCAGCUGAAGGAGGCGUCACUCGUGCUCGUUUCCCAGGCGGACAGGAUGAAAAAGGCCGCAGAUGAACUCCGCAAGAAGACAGACUUGGGAGUCAUUUACAUCUUGCUCCACGUUGCAAUGGAGGUUGGGCGCUUUUACAUCGUUCCAUUGAGCCAAGUGACAAGAACGUGUUUACGAAUGGCGCAGGAAAUUUUACCGCCGUUGGUGUCAAACGUCUUCCACAACUUGACGGCCACUACGAAAUCGGACCCAUCGAGAGCUGGUACCGUUUUCGUCAGCAUUCGGGACGUAUUCGCUAAGCACCCCCUGACGUUGGGCAUAAGCGAAGGCGACGAGAAGAAAGCGGCCUCCUUCCUCGGCAGCGUCAACCUGCGCGUCCAAAAGACCACGGUCAGCGCGUGGCCCAACGAGUCGGGCUGGCACGAAGCCGUCGACUCCUCGCCUGCCGCCUUUCCCCGGAUGCACGCCGCCCUGAAGACACGCGAAGCCCUAAGACGCCUCAACGACCCGCCUUCCGUGGAACAGGCGACCUUCGGCCGCCACGAGGUCACCAACGACGUCGUCUACUCGCGGCUGCUGAACGAGGUCUUCCUUCCCGCGUCCCUGCGACGCCCGCCAGUCCUGUAUUCGGGCCAAGUUCCCAGGGAGUUCAACGUGGGCACCGUGGGCGUUCUAUUGGCCACGCAAGUGUUCCACGCUAACGAGCCGUCCGAGAGCGACCUCCGUGACUGGUACGACCAGCACGUGGGCGCCUUCGGUCGCUGCAUGAGGGAGUCGAAACCGACUGCGAUCGCCUCGCAGUUCGACGCGCUGCCGGAGAGCCGGCUGCUCGAGCUGUUCAUCCUGGCGUAUUCGGUCAAGGUCGCCCACAGGGCGGUCAGGGACCACUACUACGGCUACGACCCCUACGCGAGCAACUUCGGCGACGUGCUUGGAAAGGCGCAGCGCACUUUCUUCCGCAGGUUCUGUCUGCUGUCGUGCGGCGACAGCGCGCAGAACGACACCGGCGAGUCGCGACUCGCCUGCCUCGUGCCCGUCCUCAGCACGCCCGAGUUCUACGAGGCCUUCGGAUGUACAGUCGACAAGGGGGCACAAUGCGCCCCCUUAUCGUAGAAGGCACAAUAAUUGCCUAAUAAUGGCAGUGAUGUGAAUGUACGAGGCCGAACCUGGCUAUAGCCGUUCUCGACGCACCCAGAUUCUCGCCGGACUGAUUUUGUUAGCGAUAUACUUUACAGUGGUGAGUGAGGAUCGCGCUGUGGAGCACCGCAAUUUUGCAAAGCACCUGCGGUUAUGCAGGAACCUCUGUUGAGCGCUAGUUCUUAGCCGGAUGUUACGAUGUCUGUGUGCAGUGAAUUUCUGUCAUCAUCUAUUUUUCCUGCUUUGUAAGAAUUGCUCUAAUACAACUGAUAUGGCA